AUGGUUGGAAAUGCUCCUCGACUGCCCUCGUACAAUCCCAAUGUUCCGGGAACAACUGAGUUUGAAGAUAAACUGAUAGAAGGAAUGCCUGUGCUUCGUAUAGAUUCUUGUUAUCGAUUGCAAAAACGCAAGUUAUUCCUGGUUGGGCAAAAUAGUGGUCUUUCAUAUUCUCCUUCGAAAAAGUCGGGUAAACAGGUGAUGCUGUUUGUAGAUAUUGUUGAAAUAUCCAAAGAGGAAAAUUAUACAAAAUCUUAUCGUAAGGCAGGAAUACAUUCAAGUGAAAAAACUAUUAUUAAUGUGCGUAAUAGUAAGGGAAAACUCUGGAGAUUUGUUCUCAAUGAUUCAAGAGAUUGUGAUGCUUGUCUUAACGCCAUUGGGAAGGUAUUACAAAAUCGACUAAAAGCAAAUUUGAGUAACCAUUUUGAAGGCUCUAUCCGAUCCUUGUGGGAUCGAGCCGAUCGGAAUCUAGAUGGUAGGUUAUCUCUAGGAGAAGUAAAAAAGCUUUUUACACGACUUAGCUUUGAUUUCAUUGGAGAAAAACAAAUACGUGAAGUGUUUACUCGUUGUGAUACUUCAGGAGAUAUGUAUUUGAGCUUGGAGGAGUUUAGACAUCUUUAUAUGCUUCUCGUUCACAGACCAGAGCUUCAAAGCAUCUAUGACACCUAUGCAAAAUCUAAUGCGGAUAUAGGCAUGACUUUAAAUGAGUUUGAGAGUUUCUUAGAGUCUCAGGGAGAUCCAAUUAAAAUGGGAAUAGACUAUUUUAAGGGAUUGGGACUCACUAAUGAACAGAGACUUUCAUUUUCUUUUUUUCAAGCCUUUCUUUUAGACCUUGAGAAGAAUAAUGUGCUUAAUCCUUGUACUAAAGAAAUUGUAGAUGAUAUGAAUCAUUUACUAGCAGAUUAUUUUAUUAAUAGCUCUCAUAAUACUUAUUUAACAGGAGAUCAAUUGGCAUCUUCUAGUUCUGUGGCAAUGUACCGCGAAGCUCUCCUUUCUGGAUGUCGAUGUGUAGAGAUCGACUGCUGGGAUGGAAAAAAUAACGAACCAAUGGUAUUUCAUGGUCAUACGGUAACAUCCAUGAUAAGAUUUGAAGAUGUUAUCAUGUCCAUUAAUGAACAUGCUUUUAAGACAUCUGAAUUUCCAGUCAUUAUUUCUCUUGAGGUACAUACUUCACAAGGUCAGAGCCAAAAAAUGGCAGAAAUUCUUCAGCGUAUUUUGGGUUCUAAAUUAUUAAUGGCAGAUGAAGUGGAAAAUGUCAAAUAUACACCUAAUGGACUACGUAAACGUGUCUUGGUGAAGUGGAAGAUGCCUAACACGCAGAUUGAAUCCUCUACAGAGGAUGAAGAAGAGGAGGAGGAUAGUGAAGAAAAGGGUAAUGAACCUACAAAAGGACAUGUUCAUAUUUUAUGUGCGGAACUUAGUCCUUGUGUUGCCUUGGGGAGUUGCAGAACAAAUAAUUGGGGUGAAGAUGCAAAAUAUUAUAAUGUUCAAAGCUAUACAGAAGCUCAAAUGCGGACAUUAUUUCGAAAUUCAAAAGAAAAAAUUCAAUUGCAGAAUACACGAAUGCUCUCUAGAGUGUAUCCAAAAGGCACUAGGGUAACUUCUUCUAACUAUGAUCCUAUGAUUCCAUGGUCUGCUGGUUGUCAAUUGGUCGCUUUGAACUUUCAGACAUGGGAUGAACCUCACCGUCUCAAUCAUGGCAUGUUUGCACAGAAUAAUCGUGCUGGUUAUGUUCUGAAACCAUCAUUUCUCAUAAACCCUCAAAGUAGGGAUAAACCCACAGCAUAUACACUGCGUGUGAAAAUUAUUUCUGGUGUUCAGAUACCAAGACCUAAACUAAGAGUUUCUGGUGACGCCGUGGACCCAUAUGUUCGGCUGAAAAUUUAUGGUGCUACAACAAAAACCUCAGUACAGACAAAAACAGUCUGGAACAAUGGUUUGAAACCUGUAUGGGAUGAAUCAUUUAACUUGAGUGGUGAUUCUGUGGAAUUGGAUAUUAUGACCAUCACUGUUAUCGACGGGAAUGUUGGAAAAGAUGAAGAAAUUUGUGGUGCAAGUAUUCCUUUAAAACAUUUACGGAAUGGAUAUCGUGCAGUGACGAUGCAACUUUCUACAGAUGGUGUAACAUUACAGACAGCAAGAGUCUUUUGUUAUUUUGAACUUGUCUCAGAAAGCAAAAAAGAGAUCAUUUCCAAAAAACGUUAA